GUCCGUGGACACAUCGGGUUUCUGGUGUGCUACCACGCACCUGUCCAUCUUCGGAAUUUUGGAUAUACUCCUGGAUUGCACCAAUGUGAAUGUCCUGUCAUAUGAGGGCUUGCAGCAAAUCCUCCGGCCGGCUUGGUGGCUGCGUUGGCCUUCGCUGUCUUUGUGGUUGCUGUUUGGAGCCUUGCUGCUGCUGAUUCUCCUGGGCAUGAUGCAGGAUGCGCAAACUCACAAGUCAGGCAUCUGGCGGGAUGAGUACUUCCUGACCGACCUGCCGCCCAUCUCAGGCCCAUCCCGCUGUGCCCGUUGUGCCCAGGGCCUUCUCCGCCUUGGCAGCAGCCACCGUGACAACCGGGAAGGCUCCGAGCACACAGAGCCCACAGAAGCCGAGAAAGCCUCACCCAGCUUGGGAACGGUGGACAGAGGGAAGAGCCAGGCACUGGAAGCGUUGGGCCAGCGCGUCAGUGCAUUGAAGUCUCUGAAGUCAGGAACCGGACAGCAAUUGAAAGACUCCGUACAAUGCCAAAACACCUUGCGACAAGCAGCCCGGCAGCACCGACUGCACAGCAGGACCAUCCAAGCACACAUUUGGGGUACAAAUGGCUGGAUUCAAGGAAGUUUGGCUGUGCAGCAGUCCCCAAAAUUGAAACAGCUUGUGCUGGACAUGGAGGAUACUUUGCCAACAGCCUUUGUGACCGUACACUCCUCCUUCUGGUAUCGCUUUUGGUCCACACUCCUAGCAGUACAUCCUGUCUACGAGCUUCUCUACUGCGAUCUACAUAUCACCGCAGCCAAGCGUGCGAAGAUCACCAUGGAUUGUCUGUUGGGCUCACUCGCAUUUGUUGCCCUGUUCUUUUCGGUGGACGGCUCUGCCGUCGCAGCACGCAAUCCCAGUGACUGCCCCAUUGAGCAAAGCUCCCUGCUUUGGAUCGUGGCUAUCUCUCUAACCGCCAUACUCCUGAACUUCGUGCCCCGUCGACUGGUCUACGCCUUUGGGUCAAGGAAUUUCGUCCAAGCAAGCAGCCACCGCAAGAGGCAGUUGCUGCUUCGUCGGGCUUGGGAUCUUGGCUUUUGGCUCCUUGGCACCUGCCUGUCCUGUUUUCACCUCUUGAUGAUCAUGGCCUUUCUGGCAAACCUGGGCACGGCCCACGAGUGGAAGUGGAUGGCUUCCUUUGGACUGGUCCUCCUUCGGAAGCUGGUUUUGGUGCCUCUCUUGGCUGCCAUCUUCAGCUUUUGCCUUGACUUGGUGGGUGUGAAGACCUCCAAAGCCCCGGAGAAGUUUGGUUUGGACGUCGAGUUUGUUGAUGAGCAAGUGGCGACGCCCGCAACGAGCAGCAAGGUAUGGGAGGAGAAGGUCAAGGAACUGGCAGGAAGAGGGAUCACCAUACGGCAGCUUCUGGAUUUCUAUUCCCGAUUGGGACAGGACAUCAUGUACCAUUUUGAUCCUGACGAAUCCACUACGCACGACGUUGUGCGCCAGGCCAUCAUCCCGAUGUCCACCCAAACAGCUCAAGCACCUUUGGGCCAUAGAGGUCGAAGUUUUGAGAUUGUACUGCGGCUGCGAGCGUGCAGUCUCGCCGCAUUGGACAUUUGGCCAGAUCUAUCCUACGAGAUCUUUGGGCUUAA